GCGGAGAGGAAAGUGGAAGGGGGAGAGCCAGGCGGAGUAAAGGUCUCUGCCGCCGAAGCCCCGCGUUGGGGCGUGACAGUAGUCCCGAAAGGCCUAGCCCCAGUCGGCUGGCAGCACGGGUGAGAGGGGGCUGCGAGAGAAUGGUCAGCCAGGUAGGGACAGAGGAGCCAAGCGGAAGACCCGGGCUGGGGAGCGGGGCUUCAUCCUGAUGCCCUGACCCGAGGGCGGCUGCCUGGGGUGGGUACCAAGCCCAGCUCGAGUUUAGACCACUCGUCAAGUCUCGGGAGAGCGCGCAGCACCCGGGUUAGCGGUCAGAGCAUGAGGGGCUGCGUCUGGAGGGAAUGACAGAACUGUGUGAACAGAAGAACCUGCGGGGCUGGAGAGCAAACCCAGAUUUCAUCUUUUUCUUCUGUAAGCUGUCACCAUGACCCUGACAAAAGGUUCUUUCACCUACUCCAGUGGGGAGGAAUAUCGUGGAGAGUGGAAGGAGGGCCGCAGGCAUGGUUUUGGUCAACUGCUGUUUGCAGAUGGUGGGACCUAUCUGGGUCAUUUUGAGAAUGGGCUCUUUAAUGGCUUUGGGGUACUGACCUUUUCAGAUGGUUCAAGGUAUGAGGGGGAGUUUGCCCAGGGCAAGUUUAAUGGCGUCGGAGUCUUCAUUCGGCAUGACAACAUGACCUUUGAGGGGGAAUUUAAAAAUGGUAGAGUAGAUGGUUUUGGCCUGCUGACUUUCCCUGAUGGUUCUCAUGGAAUACCCCGCAACGAAGGUCUAUUUGAGAACAAUAAGCUGCUGCGGAGGGAGAAGUGUUCUGCGGUAGUUCAGCGGGCCCAGAGUGCCUCCAAGUCCGCCAGAAAUCUCACUGCUUGAUGAGGCAGUGGGCACAGCUGGAAUAGUGUCAGUAAAGCCCAUGACCACCUGAGAUGAACAGAAUGAACCAGAUUUCAGAUGAGAUGAGGAUGACCACGGAGCCGAAGCCUGUGAUGUGCCCCAUCACCUGCCAAUCAGCAAUUUGAUCACAGAAAGUGCUAAGGAUUUUGGCCCAAAGACCCCUCAGUGGUUAGCAGUUCUGUCUUUUCUUGAUGCUUAUUUGCUGAAGACAGGAGCUGUGUUUUCUUACUUGUCGACAUUUCCUGUUCCUGAGACCUGGGGUUACCCAGUACAGAGUGGCUGCGGCCUUCACUCCAUUUACUGCCAAGUGAUUCAGAAUCUCCUCAUUCUGCCUAUGUUUGGGGCACAUGACCCUAGCCCCCAUAGGGCCAAUGCUGUGUGCUGCCCUGGCAAAAUGAGGUACAAGAUAGACAGUACAGUGACCCUGUGAAAGUCGGGCCAGAACUUCUCUGUACAUGAGCCCCUCAUUCAGUGCAGUUUGAAUCCUGACUCCAGGCUCCAACUUUGUCUGAUCAGACUAGUCUUUGUGUCUGCUUAUUUCCCCUGUGAAGGAUCUGGUAAGAGUGUUGUUUUCUUCUUUCUUGACUUUACAAGUCAUGUUCCUUACGUGAGUUAGGGCAUAUAAUCCAAUUUCCAUUUGUGUCUCUCCGUUCUUAGAGUCUAUCAGAGAGAAUUCCUUUGUGGCAUAGUCAAGAAAGAAACUGAUGUAAUAGUAACCUCAUAAGUUGUAUUCAUUACUCACUCCAGGUCAAGGGGCAGACAUAUCCAGCCUCAAGGCCUUCCUGGGGAGUGGACUAAGUGCUGGGGAAGGCCUGCAUCGACACAGUUCUUUCCCUGUAGGUGGUAGAUCAGACUCACCUACACCCCUGGGUGUAGGUAGACUCACACCCACCCUGGGACUGUGGUGAACUAAAAGCAUUGGCUGUUCCUCGCAUUUGACUUGCUAUAACUCUCCCACCAAGAGCCUUGAUCUUCAGGCCUUGGUCAGAUUUUGGAAGGUGGAAUCCCUAUACAGUUCAUCAUGAGGCCUCCAGUUACCACAGGACCCAGACAUACCCCCAGCUCCCAUCCUCACACUGAAUCUCCCUCAACAGCAGACUAUGGUGGAAAUUAUAACCGUGUGCCUCUAUUUAUUCUGUGAACUGUAUUGUAGAAUCAAGUGUUCAUAGAAAUAAACAAAUCACCAGAUCUGCCUAUA